AUGAAGGUGUCACAGAGUUUCUUGUGCGCUGCAUCCUUGGCUGCAACUUCUGUCGGUUUCUCUGCCACGGCGAGUGCAACAGAUUGCGUGGGAAUCAAUGCCGUCCGCCCGCAGUGCAAGACCCAGGAGUCGGCAUACUACCGAGAUGUCUUCUUCUUGGGCGGCCAAUACAUCCCAAGCGGCACAUCGUUCGUCAUCUCGGACCAGUUGUAUGUCGAGAAAUUGACACCGCUCAAUGGCGUUGUCAAGCCGUACCCUCUUGUCUUUAUCUCCGCUGGUAUUCCAUCCGGAAGUGUGUGGCUCAACACGCCCGACAACCGGAAAGGAUGGGCCACGUAUUUCUUGGAUCAAGGAUAUCAGGUAUACAUCAUCGACAUCACCGCCAAUGGACGUAGUGGGCAAGAGGACCUCAGCAAGUAUCCUCUGCGGAUUGGGUCGACUGUCUCCAUCCAUGAAGACGGCUUCACAGCGCCUGAGAUAGUCAACCCCUUCCCGCAAUCACAGGGGCACAACCAGUGGCCGGGCAAUGGCACGAAAGGAGACCCGAUCUUUGACGCCUUCUUUGCCGCAACUGUGCCUUUGACAUCCAACAAGACGGCUCUAGAGCUUUCCAUGCGCGCAGGUGGCUGCUAUCUGCUUGGAUUAAUUGGGGAAUCGUACCUAAUCGCGCACUCGAACGGAGCAUCUUAUUCCGCGCUGAUGUCCGACGAAUGCCCCGACCUCGUCCGUGCAACUCUGAAUCUCGAGCCUGGGAAUAUCCCCUUUCAGAGUCUGAUUGGAAAUUCGACCACUCCUGCCGUUGGACGCACUGCGGCCCGACCCUGGGGUCUGACCGAGACUCCUCUUACGUAUGACCCGCCAGUCACCAAUGUCACGACGGACCUGGUCACAGUUGAGGUCGGAGUUGACACGCCGGCGCUCCGGUCUUGCUUUAUACAGUCCAACACUACUGGAGGCGGCAUCCACACGCUUCCCCAAAUCGCCAAGGUGCCGUACGUGAUGUUCACGGCAUCGGCGUCACCUCAUAUUACCUACGAUCACUGCUUUAUAUCUUAUCUGAGUCAAGCUGGAGUGACGGAUGUGACGUGGAUAAAGUUUGGGGAUCUGGGUCUCGAAGGAAAUGGUCACUUUUUCUUCCUAGAGGAGAACAAUAUGGAGUUGGUCAAGGUAGUGGAAGCAGAGAUCGAGAAGAGGAGUUGA